CUUCUAGCUGCCACAUCUUGCAACUUCCGAGUUUCAAGAAAUCAGAACGACAUCGAGAUCGAAGUUCCCACCACCGUGACCGGUGACCACGUCUAUCUUUCCCGACGAUUGUCACCGUUCAAACAUCGACUCAGACUGACCUACAGUACCUAGGCUCAGCUUCAGAAGCGUUUCAUUACAGUGCAAGGUUUUACGUGGGAAGGAAUAAAAUAAAACGAGUGCGGCCAACUUUCGAUGCAAGUACAUCAACAACCAAUUUUAUGCCAACAGUGCCAGCAGGUUCCCAAUGUUCCCAAUAUUCGCCGAUUCCAUAUGCUUAAACCUCGAUUUCUUCGAUGCAAUUACGUACCCUCCGAGAUAGAGAUAUCUCAUUUGACCAAGGUUUUGAUGGAAGCGGAGAAACAAGUUGAGCAGUACGAGAAAGAUAUUUCAGUUUUGCGACGAAAGCUGGGUCAGCUAGAGAAGGAAAAGAUCGCUGCAGAAGCCGUCACAAAGCAGUGUCGUGCCAGUCUCUCUGUGCAUCGGAGGGUACCCGUGGAGCUCUGGGAAAUGGUCUUUUCUAGAUUAUGCCUGUCGCUGCACGACUAUUCGUUCGACACCAACUUGUUGCCAGGACUCCCUGCCAUCCUCAUCUCCCAAGUUUGCUCACAUUGGAAGGCCAUCGCCGGCGGAUUGCCCAGUAUCUGGUCUUCUAUCAACGUCCACUUACACGAGCUUUACGACACCAGGCUUCCCCUCGAGACCUACCUAUCGAAUUCGGCAGAUUAUCCUUUGAAGAUACGGAUCGCAGGCCAAAGAGAGGCUCCCCUCACGCCACAAGCCGUUGACGUUUGGCAGACAUUGUUCAAACACAUUAACAGAUGCAGAGAGCUCGUUAUGACGAUUCCUCCUUUCUGUUUUAAUGAAAAUCAUUUCGACCCACCAAUUUCGAAUUUUACCUUUUCCAAGCUUGAAUCACUGCACGAAGAAUAUGGUGAAGAAUAUGUUGUGCCGGGUCAACGUGGAUGGCCCUGGUUCUGGCAAGCUAUCCAGGAGGCACCGAAACUUACCACCGUUACCUCCAUAUACCCCAGUCGUCCGCUACCUUUUUCUCGGCUAACCACAUGGGAGGUUCGCGCUAUCAAGGACGCUUCGGAAGUAUACGAGCUCUUCGAUGCCUUACGGAGUUGCGACUGUCUUGAAUCCCUUACAUUAACGGAGAUCUCGAGUUCUUCUGAUUACAAUCUUGAUGUUGUAUCAUCCCUUCGAACGGUCGAGUUCGAGUUACCUUCUCUUCGACGGUUUUCCGCCAUCGCUCAUCAGGACCGAUGCGGUUGGUUAUCCUCUAUUGUCGAAACCCUUAUCAUGCCCCUCCUUGAAACAUUACACAUCAAAUACGGACAAUUGGAUCUGCCUGUCAUCAGCUUGCUGAAUAUGAUUCGGCGAUCCUCGAAUUCUCUCAAAGGGGUCACCCUAACCGUAAACAUGGGAGAACGCGAACGCUUCUCGCCAGAUUUUCCUCUCUCUGACCUCCUGCAAUCAGCUUCUGAAUUGACCCAUUUCGAAUUAUUAGUGGAUAGAGCCAGCCCCUCCGAUCGCCCAUUUUUCGAUGACAUGAUCCCGAGCGUUCUUUCCCGUCUCAGAGACCAUCCACGCCAUUUCCUUCCAAAACUCGCCCUUCUGUCUCUUGGUAUUCCUGGCAUCACACUUAACCCACAGCUUGUGAAGCGUGUGUUGGGGGCAGUGUGGGCGAGACAACUUACAACACAUCCUCUAACGGAUAUUCGCCUUGUGAGCCUUAACAGUAGAACAGAAUCUGGCCGCAAGUUUGUUAUCGAUCCUGAACAGCUCACGGAAAUCAAACUGUUGAAAGAAAGCCGAAUCAACGUUAUUAUCGAAGCGAAGUUGGCCCGAUGCCGGAACCGACGUAGGUACUGAGUCACGUAUGUAGGUACUGUGUUAUGUACUAUAUCCCUCUUUUUACUUCCUCCAACGCAUCGUUGCGUCUCGAGUUCGCCUUACGGUUGUCCUCGUCUCUGGGACUGUCUCGUUGUGCGUCGUAUC